AGAAAGAAAAAAAGCCUGUUUUCAGUUAUUAUUUCUUAUUUCAGGUAUGAUUGAGAGGCCAGUUGCCUAAAUAACUAGAUUUGUUUUCGUUUCCCAUUUUACUGAUUCGGUUCAUAAAAUUAGAAAUAAUUGAAAUUUGGGCUGCGCUGCCAAAAUUUGCUCUUGUCUGCAUUCCACCACUGCCACCGAGCAGAAAACAUGCUCACACCACACAAGGACACAACGCCGCGUUUUCCUACUGACUGCUCCCAUGUGCAGAAAAAAAUAACGUCUAUCCCCCAAAAACGUAAAAUCCAGUCCGUUCACAAUUUGGAUGGACCGCUCAGGAACCGUAGGGUUAAAUAACUCAACCGUGGCCAGCAGCUUUACGCAUGACUUCCCCGUGCGUGCCGUCUUUGUAUCCGUGUCCUGGGGACAUCGCUUUGACGCAUGGAAUACCAAAUUCGCCGCUAAAGCAGACACAGAGUUGGGAUCGUUGUUUAUUUUUAUUUUAUUUUUAAAGAAAUAUUUUCUUAAAAUGGAAGGUGCGCGCGCUCCGGUUGGGUUGCCUUGGUGGAAGAGGUGCUUAACCUCCCUCCUGCCGGUUCUGCAUGGUCAUGACCUGUCAUCACGCCCUUUCCACAGUCCACCUCAUCCUAUUGGUCCUGCUCAUUGUCACUCCGCAACUAGCUGGCACCGCCCCAGUGCGGGGUGAGGGAGGGGAGGGAGGGGUGGAGGGGCGCACCCGGACAGACCACAAAGAAGACAGCCUUGGCCCCUUUCUCUCGCCCCCGCCCCAGAGAUCCUCAAGCCCUGAAAACACGUCGCUAGACCGGGGUCGGGGCCCGGGUCAAGAUAAGCAAUUAGAUAAAGUGACGGACCCUGUGCAGGUGCUCGCCGUUCUUUUGGAGGCCCUGGACCACCCGGGGGACAAUGAAAUCCAGGCGAGCAGGAGCAGAGACUGGGGAGGGGAUCAGAGUCAGGAGCUGCCCUCCACUGAAGGCGUGGAGGGUGGCAAGAUAAGGAAAACAGAGCAGACAGGGGGAGAGAGGGGACUGGAGGAGGAGAAGGAGGGGCGAGAGGCUGAUAAGGCUAUUGAACAGCUAAUUGUAGGCCAUUUGACAGCUGCUCAGGGGGAUGACUUGAAGGGAAGGGAGGAGGAGGAAGAGGAGGAGGAGGACAAAAAUACAAGGUCAGAGGAGGAUCAAGGGUGGUCCGUGAAGGACGUGGGACCUGGUCGUUUGAGCGAGGAGGAAGGAAAGGAGGACGAAGACGGGCAGGCGGAGGGGAACGAUUUAGAAAGUUUCUUAGACAACGUCAGACCAGGUUCCGCCUCCCAGGUAGACGAUGAGUCUCUGCAGCGCAAAAUAAGAGGCUACUUCCAAAACAUUGACUUGGGUCUCCAAGAUAACGAGAUCCUGCCGCCUCUGAAGGGCUACAAGGCGUACAACACCCAGCUGGCGCGCGCCGGAAAGAAGCAGCACUGGCAGGAGAACCAGUCGAGCAACAAACCCGUCAAGGGGGGCAACUUCAUGGAUGACUUCGAGGAUGAAGGGGAGGAGCUGGAGGAGGAGGUUGAGGAGGAAGAGGAGAGCCUCUCCCACAUGGAGGAGGAGGCGAGAGCCCGCGCAGAGAAACAGGAGGUGCUCCGGCAGCAGGAGGAGGCGGAGCGAGCCAGAGAGGAAGAGCAGAGGCUGGCCGACAUCGCCUCAGACAUGCUGCUGCAGUACAUGGGGAGGAAGCAGCAGUCGUACAUGAAGCCCCGGCAGAAAAGCAGCAUGGGGGCCGCCGGCAACACGGCCGAGGACAAGCGCUCCGAGGAGAUCCUCCCUGACGAAGACGACCUGGACCAGCAAAUGAUUGACAGGCUCAUUGAAAUCAGCAGCAAGCUGCACCUGCCUGCCGACGACGUGAUUGAGAUCAUCAGCGAUGUGGAGGAGAAGAAGAAGAAAAGGAAAGAGCUGCAGCAGCUGCCGAUCAGCAACAACCCCGUCGUCCCGCGCUUCAGGCCUCUGGUGCCUCCACCUCUGGCCGCCCCUCCUAUUUACCACUACACAGCCUCAAAAAACCCCAAGAAAGCCCCUUAUAGGUACAACAAGUCCAACAAGAAGUGGCACAAGGACAAAGUCAAGUCGUACAAGCAGGACUAUUGGUACAAGCCUCAGAAGCAGCUUGACUACUGGUACAAACCCCAGAAACAGUUUUUAGCCUUCCCCUCCUAUCCAUACUACCAAAAGCCAUAUCGCGCCUACUACCCUGUUUAUUUCCCAUACCCCAAACCACAGUAUUAUGGCAAGCCCUCCCCUUCCAGAGACCAGCCCUUCGGCCCCCAGGAACUUGACCUCCAGGCCCCAAGGCGCAGGCACCGGGCAGGGGGUAAGAACCGCGGACAGGGCUGGAGGCAGCAGCCACCACCGCGCCUGCCUCUCACCCCUUAUAUCUCUAACUAUAUCCUUCCUCACCCACGGACCUACCAACCCCUGCCCCCUCCCAAACCAAUAACCACGCCCAGGAGAGGCAGGCGACCCCCGUACUACUAUCCACAAGUCACGCCAGGAGAUGACUAUGAGGAAGACGGGCUGGUGCCUCAGCUGGACAGCGAGGAGGAGCUGGAAAACUUUAUCGAGAGGAUCUACAUGAAGCGCAGAAUGUAUUGAGAGACGUUUUUUGGACACUGUCAGAAUGGAGGGACUGACGGAGGCGGGAUAGAUAUACAGUAGCUGGAGAAAAGCUAAAAACAAGAGGUGAAAAAAAAAAAAAGACUCAGUUGUGUUUUGAGCCGGGUGGAAAUUUGAGGUUCGGGAAGUAUAAAGUGAGAUUUAUGUUGAUUUAAAUCACUGUAUUUCUUUUGUUGAUUUUCUCAGUCAGGGAGAGGAGGAAGAGGUCCCAGUUGAAGCUCCCUGUAACCAUGUUCAGCCUCUUGCUCAGUUUACAUUUUGAAACAGAACAUACCAUGGUGUAUGUCUGCCUCCAUUCAGGUUCAAUCUCUGAUUGCUCUUAUAUUUCGGAGAUUUAUUGAGGACACGCACACACGCACACGCACACACACACACAAACGCACACAUGUACAUCAACACACCUUCACAAGCAGAUGUGCCCAUUGUAAGACAACCAUGUUUACAGCACCACUUUGUAUGUUUUGUUUUAUAUUCUGUAUGUCAUAUUACAAAAACUAGUUCAAUGACUUCUGAGCUAACAUAUAUAUAUAUAUAUAUAUAAAAAACUGCUGUUGUCAAAUGUUGACAGUAUAUUUUUGUUGUAUUUGAUGUGUGUAUUUGCCUUUCUUAUUCCCGAUUGGAUCGACUUUAAACAGCUGCGAUUUGCAAAAGGUGCCAAAUACACACAUUUCAGUUUUUUCAAACUCUAGAUUCAGAUUUUUGCCUUACAAGCACCGUGGUUCUAUAAGGGAAAUAUCAUAUUGCAUAAAACUACCAUCGCAACUGGUCCCAAUGUAGAAACCCUGUGGACUCCAAAAGCACAAACUUAAACACUAAACACUUCCAACGUGGUGGACUAAGGGUUUUCAAUCAUUUUGGGAUGCAGAAGUUAUCCUGUCAACAUAUUUAUGGCAAAUCCACCGUAAUAAGUAUCACCGCCACCAUACGGCACUCCUCCAUGUUUUUCUUAAUGUUCAUCUCCAGUUCAAACACAACUUUUUCCACACUCGGUUGUUUUCGUCAUUUUUCUCGCAUCCUAUCAAGUAUUUCCAGUUUUCCUUCCUGUCAAAAGAAAAAGAAAAAAAAAUACUUGAAAUCACACUUAUCUGUUCUGCAGCCUUCGAAAUACAGAUUUCCACCAAGAGGCUUCUAAUGUUUUGUUCAUUUCCAGGAGACAUUCACUGAAGAGUUUCAGGCUGGGGAGUCAGGGAUUGUGCUUAAAACGUUAAAUGCACGUCUUUCUACUUGCAUCUUAAAAAAUGAACAAAAAAAAGAACAAAAAAAAGAGAAAAAAUAAAACAGUAUGGAGAAUUCAAAAUGGUUGUUUUCUCUGAAUAAACUGUGAACAUAAAAAAAAGAAGAAAUCUCAAAAGGAAGAGGGCCACUGUGUCCGCAGUGAAGCCAUCUGUCUUGUAAAAGGAGAGUGUUGUUGUUGAUGUCACCUUUAGCAUUGUAAGAUGUACAGUGUGAAAUAAAUAUGCCCGUGCAAUGUGUAAAUAACAGCAUGAUGAUUACUAGUUUUGCUAUAUGAUAAAAAAUAAAAGCAAUUAUUUUAUUAAA